AUGGCUCCCCCUGUGUCUCUCACCACCCGUCCGCUCGGCAAGAACGGUCCCCAGGUGCCCCGCCUGGGCUUGGGUCUCAUGAGCCUGAGCGUUGCCUACGGCAAAGCCCGAUCCGACGAGGAACGCCUUGCUUUCCUGACCAAGGCAUGGGAAAUGGGCGAGACCUUUUGGGACACGGCCCACGGUUACGGAGACUCCGAGGUCCUCAUCGGCAAGUGGUUCGCCGCGAACCCGGAAAAGCGCAAGGACAUCUUCCUCGCCUCCAAGUUUGGCCUGAGCUUCAGCACCGGCACCGGCGUGUCGAUUGACUCGUCGCCCGAAAACUGCCGGACUUGCCUGGAGCUGACGCUGGAGCGCCUGGGCGUGCCCUACGUUGACUUGUACUACGUGCACCGCCUCGACGGCAAGACGCCCGUCGAAAAGACGAUGCGGGGCUCGCUGAGCUCCGCCUUCACGCUCGGGAUCGAGGACCCGAGCGUGGACAUUUUGCGCACCGCGCGCGAGCUGGGCAUCGCCACCGUCGCGUCGAGCCCGCUCGGUCGGGGUCUCCUGGGCGGGCGGAUCCGCGGCGUCCAGGACGUGCGCGGCGAGGGGGAUAUGCGGAGCAUCGGCGGGUUGCCGUGGUUCGAGGAGGAGAAUAUUGAUAAGAACGUGGCGCUGGUCGAUCGCUUGGCGGAGAUGGGUAAAGCGAGAAAGGGAAAGGCGGAGGGAGACGGGCAAGGGGCCACGACGGCGCAAAUGGCCUUGGCGUGGCUUCUUGCGCAGGGGGAUGAUGUGUUUGCCAUUCCUGGCACGACGAGGGAGGAGCGCUUGAAGGAGAACCUCGGCGCGUUGGAUGUGGUGAUCGAUAAGGACGAGGAGAAGGCUGUGCGGGAGCUGGCGAAUGUUGUGGCGGGGAUCGCACCCCGCCAGCUCGAGGUUCAGCGUGUCGUGCGUCGCGCCCGCGAGGGUCUCGAGCCGGGCGGCUGCGCGUUCGGCCGCGUCGAUAGUCGCGGCCGCGGUGCCGGCCUUCGCCUCGUGGCCGCGCGUGCACACGAGCGCGUGCGGAGAGGUCGGGGGCGCGAGGAAACGAGCGAGAAGGUCGUGGGCAGCCGUGACCGCCGCCGUCUUGUGGUAGGUGUAGUCUCGAUUCCGCCGCGCCCCGCAAUCGUCGCCUCCGCCACCUCCUCGCACGGCAGCACGUCCAGCAUCAGCGCCAGGAACCUCUCACUAUACGCCAGCGUCGCCCAGAGAACGGCCAAACUCUUCGAAGAAGCCGAGCUCGCCGAGCUUUCCAAGCCCGCCGCCGUCAACGCGUGUCGGUGCAACCCCAUCCGCCGCGCCAGCCCCACCGCCCUCCGCAGCGCCGCCAUGCCCCCGCCCGCAUCCCCGCAUUCAACUCACGAGCGCGUCGUCCGCCAUGACGUGCCGCGUCGCCGCGACAAAGUAAUGCCGUUCGAUCCGACGCCCCACGGCCGCCGCCUCCUCGCCUCCACCGUUGCCGUUGCCGUUGACGUUGCCGCCCUCCGACGAAACCUCAGCCAGGUACUGCGGCACGCACCGAGCCUUCCGCCGCCGACACGGCCCACAGCUCACCCCGCCACGGGCUCCAAAUCGCACCGCACCUUGCGCCGCUUGCACUCCCAGCAACUCGACGUGCCCCGUCGGACCUUUCGGCGACGCACCGUGUUUGUUUGGUUCACCUGGCCCGAUCCCAGUCGGCCCGUGCAAGGCAGCGGCACCACCCCGGGGUGA